AUGGCCUCUCGCCCAAUCUUUUGCGCCACUCACCCCCGAGCUUGCUCGACGGCGUUUGAACGAGUUUUUAUGACUCGUCGGGACUCGCUUCAAUGCGUCCACGAGCCCUUUGGUGACGCCUUCUACUUCGGCCCAGAGCGCCUGAGCGAGCGCUACACUGAUGCUGCCGAGCGCGAGGCCUCUGGCAUGGCCAACACAACAUAUGACGAUGUGCUUGAAGAUAUCAUGGUUGGGGCUCAAAAAGAGGGUAAGCGCGUUUUCAUCAAGGACAUGGCCUACUAUCUCCAGGCGUCCGAUGGAAAGCCAACCGGCAUUGCCCCAUCUUUCGGCGGCGGCAAUGAGGAAGGGAACCCAACCAACGUUCCCAUUGAUGUGCUGAAGAAGUUCCAAUUCACAUUCCUGAUCCGCCACCCUCGGCGCUCCAUCCCCUCAUACCACAGGUGCACCCUGCCUCCUCUGAGGGAGGUCACCGGGUGGGACUACUUCUCAGCUAACGAGGCUGGCUACGUGGAGCUCGUCCGCCUCUUUGAUUUCCUUCUCAAGGAGGGGAUCGUGGAUAAAGACAACCUCACAGUCUUGGAUGCUGACGACAUGCUCGACAACCCAGAGGGCGCCAUCCGGGCUUUCUGCGAACAAACAGACAUUGAUUUCACACCGGAGAUGUUGAAGUGGAAUGACGCAGACAGAGACUAUGCCACAGUCAAGUUCGCCAAAUGGAACGGCUGGCAUAACGAUGCACUUAAGGCAUAUGCCCUUAAUAAGAGAACCCAUGCACAGAAAAUCAACUCCGUUGAGGCUGAGAAUGCCGAAUGGAGAGACAAAUAUGGUGCUGAUGCUGCAAAGAUGAUCCGUACCGUGGUUGAUGAGAAUAUUCCCCAUUACGAGUACUUGAAACAGUUCGCCUUGAAAGUAUGA